UAAGCAUGCCUUCAAUGAUUGACGACGUCAUCACUUCUACAAGAGUCAAAAUAUUAGACAUUUGUAGACAGACUAAUAUAUAACAGGGCUUGUAUUGGAGUUUGGAGUUACAUUAUAGGAGGUGAAAUGAAGACUUGGACCAUUAACUUUUACCUACUCUUAUUAGCCAUUAUUAAUGGUCAUUGUUUUACAAUUUAUGCACCAAAGUUCUAUCACGAUAAAGGCCUCUUGGAUCUCACAAACACUCUCUUCAAAGACAGGUAUGAUAACAUGGAAGAGCCUUCGAUGAUAGACAAACGGACAGAAGAAACAUUAGCACAUUGUAUCCAGUUCCACUGUGGAGGAAUUGGCAAGGGCGGCCGAGGGAAGUACCUCAUGUGUCUACACAAUAGUGACUACUUAACCUAUGUUUACAGUAAUAAAUAUAGCACAACGUCAUACUUAUAA